AUGCAGCAUAUCGUCUUCCGGCGAGGUCCGCAAGCUGCGCAAGACUUGAAUUCCUAUGCGAUUGUCUCACCUCUAUACCAGCUCAACUUUAAGGAUUGGUGGUUCCAUCAUAUCAACAACUGUGACCUAUAUCCUCCUGCAGACGGGGACUUCCUCGAGCUUCCUGCUGGUGGAAGCUUCACCGUCGAGAUCGCCUCCAACCGCGCAAAGACCACGCUGGCGUACAACGGGCGCGACACCUCAGAAUGGCCAGACGGUGCGACAUACCCCGAGGACUAUUCUGACAUCAAGGCAGUAACUCCCCAGAACCUUGCAGUGUUCACUGUUCGUUAUAACACACCCUGGAAGCGCGUUAUCAGCUACGAUGUCCCGGCCAACUUGCCCGCCUGCCCUGAAGGAGGCUGCAUCUGCGCUUGGGGAUGGGUCCCGAACGGCUGCGGCCAGCCGAACAUGUACCACCAGCCAUUCAAGUGCAAAGUCACCGGCGCGAAGAGCACUACGCCCAUUGCACCCCCACAGCCACCCGUGUGGUGCGAGGGCAACCCAGGUGCCUGCGUCAAGGGCUCGAAGCAGAUGAUUUACUGGAACCAGAACGAGGGCAACAACAUCGCUGUCAGUGGAUACGACCUUUCAGGCAGCUUCAAGUCUCCAGCAUACAACGCCAAGCUGGGUUUCGCUGAUGGCGCGCAGAACGAUAUCUUUGCUGGCGCUCCGAGUGCUCCCGCAGGCAACUCCGGUUCCAACAAUUCUGGCUCCAACAACAACAACUCGGGCUCGAACAAAUCCAACUCAAACAACGGCUCAGGCUCGAACAACGCAAACUCAGGUGGGAACACCGGUGCAAGCCCCGCCCCCGCCAACUUCGCCGCAGGCGCUUCUUCCUCUGCCUCUGCCUCCGCUUCUUCUGCAUCCGCUGCUUCUGUUUCUACCAGCAACGACAACGGCAACCCCGCCCCGUCUUGCCAGAAGCGCUCGAGCAGGCGCAGGAGACGCGCUUUGCUUCCCUCCCCGGAGGAGGGCGUGCUCGUCAAGAAAUCGCCCGAGCCCGAGCCACAGGUGAAAGUAGCUGCAACCACCGCGCACAGGAGGCUUCACGCGAAGAGGCAGUGGUUCUCGCUCUGA